CCAUCACUCCGUCUAUCGGCGCCAUUGACAGAACGGAUGCGGAUGACGGCUUCGGCCUCUGAUCAGACGACAAUGUUUCUUGACUUAAAUUCCGCUUUGCGUAUCGUGCUUUAUACCUACGACUGACCAUUAACUCCCAUACACUUCAUCCCUACAAUCAAGAUCUGUGCAGCCGUGGUUGCUGUUGCUAUGCUUUGCGCGCGACUUGACGCUGAUGGGCUUAAUUAGUCACUGAUUGACUAUGAUGGCUGUGGAUAGUCUGUGUCUCUACAGCUUACCCAACGAGAUUUUGGUCUCGAUACUGUCGGGCUUUGAAACCCAGGCUCUCCUUCCCUUGGUGGUCGUCUCCCGCCGUUUCCAUUCCAUCAUCCUCCGGAUCCUACACUUCCGACUCUUGCUUGCGGCAGCUUUACCAGACUGCAAGCUCAUCCUCGAGGCUUACCACCCGAGUAAGAGAUAUAGCGACCCGUACCUUUUCUGCACCUACCUUGGCACAGAUGGACUUAGUUCUAAGCAUGAAGGGGAAGGGAGUCUGUACGAAGAUUGCGCAAGUGAAGAAGGGAGGUUCGCCAAAUUGGGUGCUCUAUACAGUCGCUUCAGACCUGAGCGACCGGGUGUGCAAGGCUCAAUGCCUGCGCGACGGAUAGCUGGGUCCGUCGUGUCCCAGCAGUCAUCCUCACCCAAUCCAACGCAGCCAAUCUAUGCUGACGGAGGAGACGGUGGCUCUGCCAAGGUUGUCCACAGUCUGAACCUCGACCCGGACGAGCUCUUUGGCCAGUUUUGCGCCUACGCCAGUCUUGUCCGGCUCGGGCCACGUCGCGGCGUCUUUCUGAGCAAUGUCCAGAUCGUACAGUCCGGCCAGGGAGUCAUGAGAGUGUGGAAGCAAUGGCUACAGGAUCGUGCUCUCGAGCUCUGGCAACAUGAACAAGAUCCAGGCUCCACGAUUGAUCGUACACCAUCAUCCAGUUAUCCCACAAUUGGUCUGCACAAGAAUAUCCUAUGGACGGAUUACAGAAAGAAUGUCGGGUUACGGGUAGCGGUUCGAGCUCGUGAAGGCACGUGUUAUGGCAAGGACGCCUCGGAAUACGAUGAUUUGCCUAUGAGCUUCUCGAUCGAGAUACAGGAGCUCGUUGUACGAACAACUCAUCUGAUGCUGGCGGUUGAGGCAUCGACGCGGCCCGAUGAUGGUCAAUCAGGUAAAGCCCUGAUAUUUGGAAAUUUUGCGACUGCGGCCUCGUCAGUGGGCACGUAAGAAGGCUUUCCCUUCAGCAAUACAUCGUCACUAUAUACAACAAGAUGCGCUGGUUUGUUCGCAUUUGCAGCGAGUGGGUUUUGGAGUCGGCGUCUGAUUCUGUCACAGAUCCGGCCUACGUCUCGUGGGAGUUGAGGCGCUGGAAUGGGUGGUGAUCGUGUAUUGGCAGGUCUAGACACAAUUUGGGCGCUGCCUAACUAUACCCCAUGUAUAGACCGCUUCGUCGAAACGAAAAUCAAGCGGGAACCUCGAUUGCAUGAUUAUUCAGGAUGAUGCAGAGUCGUCGUCAUUCGGUCGUUCGUAAAUAUCGUUACGAGGAAAGGUGGCAGAAUGCCAAUCCUGACCGACCAUGCGGCCUGUGCUGCUGCUGCUGCUGCUUCGACGGAUUUUGCCCGAACGUGCCUUUCGCCUGUUCUCAUUCAGGCUGCUCGUUGACCGUCUUCGACUUGCAGUUGCCGUCACUCAUCUCAUCAACCUGGGCCUUGGUGGCUUUACAAAGACCAGA